AUGAAAGGAGAAUCAAAUCAAAUCCUCUUUUCAAACUACUCUAACAAACAAAAAAUGUCGGAUCAAAUCUUUUUUCUCGUGGGAGAAAUUGAGAAGCAGGAGGAGGAGCUUGUGCGUUUGGAGCAGCAGGUGGAUUCGAAUGGCAGUUUGGAGGAGCAGGUCCGCAAGCUGCGGGAGUGCAAUACGCAGAUGAGGGAUCUCAUGAUUCAUCGCCGUCGACUCCUUGACCAGUUGCGGAGCUUGAUGAUGCAGCACGCGACCGAAGAGCGACCCUUAAUCGUGGGUGAGCACCUGAUCAUCAGAGAACUGCGCACAAUUAGUAGUCGGCUGGACAGGCUUGCCGAGGACACCACCUGUUCGAUUUGCCUGGAGCCCUUGAGGGGGGACGGUGCCCAUUUUCUGGUCUCGCUGCGAUGCGGUCACCUAUUCGGCAGCAACUGCAUCCACACGGCCAUUAGAAGAUACCAUCGCUGCCCCAUCUGCAGGCGACGUGCUCGCCAUUCCGAUGUGCGAAGGAUCUACGGUCGAACUUCGUCGACACCUUAA